AUGGAUCCAUCAUUAGAUUACCCUCAAAUUUAUAAAUCUCUGAGUAAUGAUGUUAAAAAAAAGCUAAAUGAAAGAAAUAAAUCAGAUGAUCAAGCUCAUGACUUCGCUUGUGUGGCCAAAAGUUUGGCUAGUCAAGAAUGUCAUUCAUUAGCAGCAGUAUUUUUGCUAGGAAAAGCCAGAUGUGAAUUCGGUGCUAAAAAUGUCACAGCUGAAGCAUCCACCUUAUUCACUGCAGCAAAGUAUUUCAUCCAAGCCGACGAUAAAUACACUUCAAUGAAUGCUGUGAAUUAUGAAGAUAAUUUAGACUGUGCUAUUCUAUGCCUGUUAAGAUCAGCAAGGAUUUAUGAAUUGAAUGAGUUGUUCACAUUAGCAACAAAUGUCUACAUUUAUCUGGUGGAUUUAUUAAUGAGAUUAUGCAAGUAUAAUCAAGCUAUUCCUUAUUUAAAACGUACAAUGGAGAUUGUAUCAAAGGAUAUAUUAUUGAGUUUAGAAUUAUAUAAACGUUUGAGUCAUUGUCAGCUGUGUAUACAUGAUUGGCCUGGUGCCUUGAGUACAUUCAUAAGAAUACAAUGUUUAUUGAAAGAAGAGUUCACUGCUCAUUCAUUUGAUCUUUAUGUACAAUAUUGGAGUUAUUCUGAAAUUUUUCGUGUAUUACUCAUUCUUCUGUGUAUGCCACCGUAUAAACUAUGCAGCCAUGAUACAUCUGGUUAUUCACUGAAACAAUACACUUUGGAUAUCGAUUGUCAAGACACUGAAGAUGAGGGAACAACGGAACAGCUACUACUACCAUCACCUAUGAAAUCAGCUUAUAUCGAUGAAGAACUAUUCAUCUUAUUGCAGUCUUUUGUGUUAGCCCAUCGAAUAAAAGAUAUUGUUGAAUUGGAGAAACUUUCAGUGAUGUUACAAUCAUUUUGA